AUCCACUGGGCAACCUGGGGUGAGUCACACUCUCUCAGCCUCAGAGGGAAGCAAGGGCAAACCCUUUCUGAACAAAUCUUGCCAAUAAAACUUUGUGAUAGGUUCGCUUAUAAAGUCAGAAGUGACUUGGAGGCACAUAACACCAAGAACAGCGACCUGUAUGAUAAGAUGAAGCCGCAGUUCUUGCUUUUCUAAAGUUCUUUGUCCUCAAAAGACAGGCUAGUCGGAUCUAAUAGCUAAGAAAUUAGGCCAAAAACAUGGUGUCCUCACUUCCUGCAUCAGUGAAUACAUGAAGUUUUGACUUUGAAUCAAUUCUCUAAGAAUUAGUUUUUCCAAUAUACCUCACAACCUCUGAGGAUGGCUGCCAUAGAUGUGGGUGAAACGUCAGGAGAGAAUACUUCUGGACCAUGGCCAUACAGCCCGGAAAACACACAACUCCCUGAGAAUCCUCCAUGCCAAAAGGGGGAGACAACAAACCAGUGGAUUUCAUAUCUUUGGUUUUGCAUUAUGGUGGUGAAGAAAAGGAAAGCUGCCUCUCUUUCACUUAAGCUGACACUUAAUCAAGUUGUUAUUCCGCUGGAAGAGAGUCCAGCGAAAGAGAAAAGUUUUGGUAAUAUAUCUCAGCAGCAACAAAUUGCCCAUUGCUGGUUUUUCAAAGCUGUAAUUCCUCAUUUGACAAGGAGAAUGAAGAAACAGAAGGCCAAGAUAAUGGAGAUUCAGAUGAAAAUUCUUGUUGGAGCGAUCUCUUGCGUCUUGCUGUCUUUGAUAGUUAUGUGUAUUGUAUUUAUUCCUUCAGAAGUUCGACAUAAAGAAAAUAAUCCUAGGCCUCUAACGUUAGAAGAUUAUCUUGAUGGAGACUUUAGCUACAAAACAUAUUCUCCCUAUUGGGUUUCAGGAAAUGAAUAUCUUCACCAGACAGAUGAAGAUGAUGUGGUUCUUCACAAUGUUGAAUCUGGCCAGUCAGUCAUCCUCCUGACCAACAGUACGCUUAAAAAAGUGAAUGCCACAAACUACGCACUGUCAGGAGACCAGAAUUUUAUUCUGUUAGAAAGCAACUACUCUAAGCUUUGGAGAUACUCUUAUACAGCAUCUUAUCACAUAUACGAUCUCAUAAAUGGGAUUUUUGCCACCGAAUAUCAACUUCCACACAACAUUCAGUAUAUAGCCUGGUCACCAGUUGGACACAAAUUGGCUUACGUGUAUCAGAAUAAUAUCUAUUUGAAACAAGAUCCCAGAGAACCUGCUAUUCAAAUAACUGAAAAUGGUUAUUGGAAUCAAAUAUUUAAUGGAAUUCCAGACUGGGUCUAUGAAGAGGAAAUGCUUGCUGUUAAAUACGCACUGUGGUGGUCUCCAAAUGCAAAAAAUGUGGCGUAUUUACAGUUCAAUGACACUGAAAUACCAGUGAUUGAAUAUUCAUAUUAUGGUGACAGUCAGUAUCCUAGAAAAAUAACCUUUCCAUAUCCAAAGGCUGGAGCAAAAAAUCCUACCGUUAGAGUGUUUGUUAUAGACACUACAAACCCUGAACAUUUUGGUCCUAAGGAGAUAUUUGCUCCAGCAACAAUAGCAUCAAGCGACCACUAUGUCACUUGGAUUACCUGGGCAACAGACAACCGAAUCUGUGUGCAGUGGCUGAAAAGGGUUCAAAACUUCUCUGUCUCAGCUAUCUGUGACUACAAUGAUCGCUCCAGAUCCUGGACCUGCCCAGAGAAUCAACAGCAUAUAGAGGAGAGCCACACAGGAUGGGCUGGUGGAUUCUUUGUUUCAGCACCUUAUUUCACUUCAGAUGCUACUUCAUACUACAAAAUUUAUAGUGAUGGGGAUGGCUACAAGCAUAUUCAUUAUGUCAAAGACUCAGUGGAUAAAGCAACUCAAAUCACAAGUGGAAAAUGGGAGGCCAUAUACAUUUACAAAGUAACAGACAAUGAAAUAUUUUAUUCAAGCAAUGAAUUUGAGGGCUAUCCAGGAAGAAGAAAUAUUUACAAAAUUGAUCUUAGACGAAAUCCUGUAACAAAGCAAUGCAUCACUUGUCAUUUAAGGAAAGAAAGAUGCCAGUACUAUGGAGCAAGAUUUAGUUACAAUGCCAACUAUUAUGCCUUACUGUGUUAUGGCCCAGGGAUGCCUAUUUCUACUAUUUAUGAAAACCGAUAUGACAGAGAGAUCAAAGUUUUGGAAGACAACAGGGAUCUGGACACUGCACUGCAAAAAAUCAGGAUGCCUACAGUGGAAAUUGACAAGUUUGAAGUUGAUGGUAUUACUUUAUGGUACAAGAUGCUUUUGCCUCCACGAUUUGAUAAAUCCAAGAAGUAUCCUCUUCUCAUACAGGUGUAUGCAGGACCUUGCAGUCAAAAUGUGAAACACACCUUUGGUGUUACCUGGCUAACCUACCUUGCAAGCAAAGAAGAGAUUGUGGUAGCUCUUGUAGAUGGCAGGGGAACAGCUUUUCAAGGAGAUAAAAUGAUGCAUGCAGUCUAUCGGAAACUUGGGGUUUAUGAAGUUGAGGAUCAGAUCUCAGCUGUAAGAAAAUUUAUAGACAUGGGGUUCAUUGAUGAAAAAAGAAUAGCCAUAUGGGGCUGGUCCUACGGUGGCUAUGUAGCUUCGCUGGCACUUGGAUCUGGCACAGGUGUCUUUCAGUGUGGAAUAGCUGUCGCUCCUGUCUCCAGCUGGGAAUAUUAUGCAUCCAUCUACACAGAACGGUUUAUGGGUCUUCCAACAGAAUCAGACAAUCUUGAGCACUACAGGAACUCAACAGUGAUGGCAAGGGCUGAGAACUUUCAUAAUGUGGAUUACCUUCUCAUCCAUGGAACGGCAGAUGAUAAUGUGCAUUUUCAGAACUCGGCACAGAUCUCCAAAGCCUUAGUCAAUGCACAAGUGGAUUUCCAGGCCAUGUGGUAUGCUGAUGAGAACCAUGCGAUUCCAGGCCUUUCUCUUAAGCACCUCUACAUCCACAUGACCCAUUUCCUGAAGCAGUGUUUUUCCCUGCCUUAAGAAGAUGUUUUCUUCCUCCUCGGCCUGCCUUCAUAAAGAGAAUGGUGGUGUGCUUUGCUGUGGAAGCCAUGUUAACUGCACAGAUUGUCUAUUUUCAAAGUAGAAUAAUAAAGUGAAAAUUAGGGAAGGCUAAGUAUUUAUAGUCUCUUAAGUGACAUUUCAGCAUCAGCAGAUCAUAUGACAUUUUGUUCAGAUAUGUUUAUUUGUUAGUAAACAAAGGAACAAUAAGAAUAAAACAACUAUUUUGAAGACUUCA